CACGUGAGCGGCGGUUGGUGCCGGCGCUCGGAGUGAGGGCUGAGUCCCUGCACUGGAGGACGUGCUAGGUCAGCUCACUCAGAUCCCUAUUCAUGGGUUUAAAUUGACUCUUAUCUGCCGUGCAGUGAAUGAAUUUACCUUCUCGGGACGCCCAGCACUGGUCACCGAUUUGAUUGUGAUGGUAGCGAUGGUUGGCUUGGAAGCUGCUGCCUAAGGAACCUUGGUGAAUUUCUGCAGUGCAUCUUGUAGAUCGUGUACACUUCUGCUACUGAGUGUCGGUGAUGGAGGGAGUGAAUGUUUAAGGAUGUGGUGCCAAUCAAGCAGGAUGCUUUGUCCUUGAUGGUGUCAAGUUUGUGUUGUUGGAUCUGCAGUCCUCCAGGUACAUUUAAAAAGAUCAUCUUGCUGUACCAUUUGCUAUUUUAAGAUCUGAGUUGUUGAGGGAUUACAAGAGCUUAUGAGGAAGUUCUGCUGUGAAGAAGAAAACCAGUGGCAAGAGGAAACUGCAGAACAUCGGGAGCAUCAAACAGGAAAAGGAGGAGAAGGGAAACUGGAACAGCAAGUAGACAAUCAUGAACUGAGGUAAAGAAUGAGACCUUGUAUGCAGCACAGGCGGGGGAGAUCAUGUGGCUUGCAUGUCUACUGCAAGGAUGAAAGGUCUUAAGUGGACAGUGUCUUGCAAAUUUCCCCUGUUUGGGGUGAUGGCUUAAUCAUUUGUAUUUGGAGGAUGAAAUGUGUUGAAAGAAUGAAGAAGACCAUACAGAAGAGACCAAUCCGAACAUUUGCUAAUGAUGACCGACAUGUUAUGGCAAAACAUUCCUCGGUGUAUCCUUCCCAAGAGGAGCUUGAGGCUGUACAGAAUAUGGUUUCAACAGUUGAAUGUGCACUGAAACAUGUAUCAGACUAUUUGGAUGAAACUAAUCUGCAGUCCAAUAAUGCGGAUGCCAGUGAAGAUGGAGCAACAGAUGUGAAGAAAAGUAGCAUUUCAGAGAGCAAUACAAAUGAACAGAGUGGGCGAGUAUUGUGUGGAGUGAUGCGAAUUGGAUUGGUUGCAAAGGGUUUGCUGAUAAAGGGGGACCUGGAUUUGGAGCUUGUAUUGAUGUGUAAAGAAAAGCCAACCGAGAAGUUAUUACACACUGUCUAUACCAAUCUGCCAUCACAAAUACAGAAACUUUCAGAAGAAAAAUAUGAAGUUGAGAAGUGUGCAGAAGAAGCAGCUAUUACUGUUCAAAAUACAAAAGAACCCAAGUUGACACUCAAGAUUAUUCUUAGUUCUCCAGUGGUGAGAGAUGAAAUGGAAAAGAAGGAAGAUGGAGUAGAAAAUUUUGCGAUGAAAGAUCCACCGGACUUAUUGGACAGGCAGAAAUGCCUAAACGCCUUGGCGUCUCUGCGACAUGCCAAAUGGUUUCAGGCAAGGGCAAAUGGAUUAAAAUCAUGUGUAAUUGUGAUUCGUAUUCUGCGUGAUUUAUGCAACAGAGUGCCCACAUGGGGACCAUUGAAAGGCUGGCCCCUUGAACUUAUUUGUGAAAAAGCCAUAGGUACUAGUAAUAGACCAUUAGGGGCUGGUGAAGCCUUGAGACGUGUAAUGGAGUGCUUGGCAUCAGGGAUUCUUCUACCUGGUGGUCCAGGAUUACAUGACCCUUGCGAAAAAGAUCUAACUGAUGUGUUAAUCUCAAUGACUCCUCAGGAAAUGGACAACAUUACUCAUAGUGCCCAGCACGCACUUAGACUCAUGGCCUUUGGUCAAAUCUACAAAGUACUGGAGAUGGACCCACUUCCAUCAACAAGAACCUCCAUUCAAAAAUGGCCCCGAUCUCUAAAUGAGCGAGAUGGUCCACUCUCAGUACCUUUGAAGAGACCAUAUGAAGAUGGUAUGGGAGACGACAAAGAUCCAAAUAAAAAGAUGAAAAGAAACCUGAGAAAAAUAAUGGAAAGCAAAGCAAUAGAUGUUAAUCAACCUAUGAAUGCUCUGAUGAGACUGAAUCAAAUUAAACCUGGCUUGCAAUACAAGCUGCUUUCACAAUCUGGUCCUGUGCAUGCACCUGUUUUCACUAUGUCUGUGGAUGUUGAUGGAAAAACCUAUGAAGCCUCAGGACCUUCCAAAAAAACAGCCAAACUUAAUGUAGCAGUUAAGGUACUACAGGCAAUGGGCUGCCCAACAGGUAUGGAUUUGAAGAUGGGUUUUGAAUCUCAGGAAAUGGAAGAAAAGUCCUCAGGCGAUGAUAAGAAUGAAACUGUUUCUACAAAUUCCAGCAAUGACACAGUUGGCUGUGCUGCUGCUGCUAGUACCAAUACUCUGGAGAUGAGAACACAGGGCCCUAUCCUAACUGCCAGCGGAAAAAAUCCGGUUAUGGAGCUAAAUGAAAAGAGGAGAGGUUUGAAAUAUGAAUUAAUAUCUGAAACUGGUGGUAGUCAUGACAAACGCUUCGUAAUGGAGGUGGAAGUAGAUGGUCAGAAAUUCAAGGGAGCAGGUCCUAAUAAGAAAGUCGCAAAAGCCAGUGCUGCUUUAGCAGCGCUUGAAAGAUUGUUUUCUGGUCCAAGUGCUGCAAACAACAAGAAAAAGAGGACGGUUCCUCCGGCUAAGGGUCCAAUUCCUACUCCAGCAGCUGCAGUCCAGACUCUCAGAGGCAGAGGCAGGGGGGCCUUGAGCAGAGGAGCAUUUGCAGGAGCAGCAGUAACAGCUGCUCCAGGAUAUCUGACACCAGGUUAUGGGACACCAUAUGGAUACAGUGCUGCUGCCCCAGCUUACGGUGGUUUUUUCAUUGACAAUCCCUAUUACCAGCCUCGGGCCAUCGCACCUUUUAUUAUUCACUUGGGUCCUCAGGAUUUCGACUCUGACUUCUAGAACCAUCAGGUUGUGCGACUUGAAAACUUAUUUUUAUGUUAGUUCGGCUGUGGGCUGGGCAAAAAAGGCAGACUGUUUCAUGGUCAUAUCUCUAUCCAGCCCUUGCACGAAUAACAGUCAUUGGAAGUAGCUUACUUUAAAUUUUUAGAGUUCACGUGUUUAAGCCAAAAUCAUGAGCAUUGUUUAUCAAUGAUUCCAGCAAUUAGAAAUUUAAACUGUAUAAUAAAGUUGAUUCUCUUUCCCUACUCCUCCAUUUUAAUAUAUAUUAAUCUUAUGCUGUUUCAUUUAGAAUUCGCAUUUGAGACAAUUACAUGUAUUUGUUUUCGUACUUAAGUAAAAGUUAUUGUGAAUUUGACUUGCUUUGUCAACUCUGCUGCUAGUCAUUUGCUUAAUGGGUUCAACACUUAAAAUUUUGAAAUGAAAUGUCAUAAUACAUUGUAAAACCACCAGAUUAUUAGUCUUAAGUAUUGUGCAAUACAAGAGUAACACUGAAUCAAUCCUUUAUUUACAAAGUCGUGAGCGUUCUCUAUUAUCGAUUAAUUUAAAUGCUAGUGACUUGGUGUUUUCCUUGAUUUAUUAAUACAGGGUUUAAAAAAAAUUGUAAAAUAAUUUUCUAAAUUUAUGGUGGCUGGGCACUGUUUAAAGUAGUUGUUUAAUUUAAGCAAAAUGUGAAAGCUGGGCAAAGCUAUGGGCUUUAUGUCCAACAAGAUACUUGAAAUCCAAUCAAAAGUAUUUGGGAAUGACCAAGAUCAGCACAACAAAGGGCAAACCAAUUUUCAUCAAUAAUUGACAUCUUCUACAAGAAGGCUGAUGAACAAAUAUCAAACUCUUGGAAUUAAUAUUGAAACAGUGGCCAGUGCUUGAAAUGUGUGUUCAUUAGCAUUUUUGUUAUCUAUAGAGCUAUAAUUUAUACUACACUCCUUUUUAAACUGUUGGAACAAUAAAUCCCUUUGAAAAUGUCAGUUUUUAUAAUAGCCAUCCAAAAACAAAUGCUUCGAUGUACAUUAAUUGUUAAAAACUAGACUUGCCUCAACUCCAUUUAGUAACUUGCCUCAGUCCACUUUUAAAUUUUAAGUUUCAGAAGUGAAGUAACAUUUUGGUUUCUACAUUCAGAUUCAUGUAGUAAGUAUAACAGUUCAGAAUGUAUUUAAAAACUUCAUUCUGUCGGUGGUUUUGAUUGAACCCUGCUUGUCUGCAGUAUCCAAGCUAGUUAUAAGUUGCUUCACUAUUUUGCUGAUGAAAUUGAUGCUAAAACCAUACGUAAGCAAGUAAUAUCAGCAAUGAUAUCCCAUGAAUGAAAAAAUUAUUACACAGUAUGAUUUGAAAAAUCGAUAAGUUGUCAACAAAUACAUCACCUGAAAGUUGGAAAUGGCUAGAAAUAGACCAUAGAACAUAGAACUAGAAAAUUCAUUAAAAGAACACGUGCCAUAGUGUUCCUGUCAGAUUAUCUUCCCUUCACUUGAGUGCUUGUAAAGCCUCAUUAUGAAUCAUUACUAUUUAUAAUGUUCUCCAUUUGGCCCCAGAAAAGACCUGCAAAGACUCUUUUCGCAUUUUAUCAUCUUUUGUGUGGAUUGAUAGGUUCUUUCACAGUCCUUUUGAAAGUUAAAUUUGAAUUUGCAGACAACAUCACAAAAGUUUAUCUUUUUCCUGAAGUGUCACAUUAUUGCUUGCAUCUCAACAUUUUCUCAACAGGGUUGUUUUAGAAAAUCUCACUUCUUUCUGCUCAUAUUCCCUCCAGUUGAGGCAAGCUUUUAGUUCUAAAGGUUGACAGGUAUUCUGUUUUCUAUUCCCUUGAUAACACUGACAUUUGUUGCUUUCCAACAAACAGUUCUUGAUUCAUCAAAAUGGCAAAAGCAAACAAUUUAUUCAUUGUAAACAGAUCCUGCGGAUGUACAGAAGUUUUGCAGUUGUACCAUCGACUCUCAUCAAACCUGGGAGAAUUCUAUAAAGCAAGCAUCAUUCUGCGGUUUUAGCAUCAAAUAUUCACUGUCUCUUCCAGAAUUAGUCAGAAGGCUGAUGAAUCGCUGGGUUCUGCAGUGGUGCUAAUUCUCAUCAUAAUGCAAUUGCUAAUGUAUCAGACUUCCUUAACCUUUAAGUGAUCUUUGGAAGCAUCCACACUCCAAAAUAGAUAUUCUGACCUUAUUGCCAGUUUGAUCCCAAUUGAUACUCCUACCACAUACAAGGCAGAAGGGACCAUUUAUCCCAGACACUGAAAUUUUGUUUGUUGAAGGGCCCUCUUUAAAUAAUGGAUGAGUAAUUUGGAGACUUCAACUCAAAUUAUAAUACUACAUAGUACUGUCAGACAACAGUGCUGCAUCUGAGGAGUGUUUUACUAACUCUAAAGAAAGCAAGUAAUUACUUUAAGUAAUUUGCAAACUCGAAGCCAUGAUGAGACAGAUGAAUGAGGGUAAGUGCAAGCCCACUAACCUUUUACUGUAUGCCAGUUGAAGUGCUUCUAAUGUGUUUAAAGCUUAUGUAUGCAUUAUGUCAUUGGUAAGCAACAAUACAUCAAAGUUAUUAACCAGAUAAUAUUAACAGCAGUUUCACUUGAUUUAGAUACUUAACAUGCUGAAAGUAGUUUUAUUCUAAUUUUCUUUUUAAAAUCACAAGCAUACAAGUUUCAUUUCUUUCAAUUCUAUUGAGGUACAAACUUGAAAAUGACAUUCUUAAAAACACUUAAUGGACUUGUGCCAACCAGCUCUUUUUCCCAGUGUUGCUUAAUAAUUCCAGGAAUUUACAUUAUUGAACUUGGUGGAAGAUUUAAGCAAAAUCAAAUCAACAGUUUUCCACGCAUACAAGAGUAAAGCCAAACAGAAAAUGUGUCUGUGUUCAGGCUAGGAGGCAUUAAAUUUGCACUUGCUCAUUGGAUGAGUGCAAUUUGAAUGAACCCUUUUAUCAAGUAGCAGUUGGCUCAGUUCCUCUCCUACCAACAGUCAAUGUGAAACUUAUUGCUGAAACGAUGGCAAGCAAAGUACCCAUCUCCACAAAGAGAGAGUAUUCUGGAGCGUUGGGCUGGGAUAAUCUACCAGCUAUUAGUGUGAGAUACAGAAGCACUACUGUUAAUCUGUGCAGAAUGAGUGUCCCCCUCCCCCUAGCCCGCUGCCACUUUUUCUUUUUCUCUUUAUUACCUAGAGACAGAUUUGCUAAAAAUCUCUACAAACCCCAGUUUUAAAACCACUGAUUUAACUGGCAUCUCGAAGGAAUAAGUCAUAUUGCAUACCUGUCAAGACAAGACAAUUUUUUUGAAGGGCUGCUUCAUUUUAUCUUUGAUUCGCCUCUUUGCAGCUCAAGCCUUGCCUAAAAGUAACUCUCGUUCUCAUUGACAGUGAUGAAGCAUGCAGCCGUUUCUGUUGCUCUGCAUGAUUUUUACUUGUUCGAGUUACAAAGAGAGAAAUCUGUUGAGGUGAAAAUAGGUGGCGGGGUGGGGAGCCGGGGGCAGAGUACACAUUUAAAGACCUUCAAAAGGCGCCAGAAUGUGAGCUAUUACCCUCUUAGGUAAUGAAUGCAAUUUGUUAGGAAUAUAGAUUUCAAAGAUUUCUGGGGGAGCAUUGACGUGCAAUUGAUGCAUCUGCAGGUUAGGCAUUUGUUAGGUUUGUGUGUCCGUUAAAAUGAGGCGCCAAAGAUUAUUUGAGUGAUUAAGUAACCGCAAAGGAUUCUUUCUCUCACCCUGAAGUCAAGAAACUUUUGUUAAUCCAGUCUCUUUCCAGUACAACAGUUGCUCAAGUGUUGAGGCCUGGAAAGUGGUAUAACACUCAUUUGACACAAAUAAUGACUUUGCAAAAACCAGGAUAAAAUUUUUAUUCGUCAAGAUUGAGCUUGAUGCUAUGCCCCCCCUAUGCUAGGUUAUUCAUGUAGCAGGACUUGCGUAAGUCCAGAAAAAAACACUUUUUUGUAAAAUAUCUUGCUGUGUAAUACACCCUUCCCUAAUGUCCCAAGGAGAUGUCGGUAGAAUGUGUUAAAUAGGAAAAUUAGAGGAAUGAAGAGAUGUUGCAGAACUAAAGGAGAAUACAGAGGAAGCAAUUUUUUUUUUGAUAUUGUUCUAAGUAUUGUACUUGGGUUUUGAAGUGGAUCUGCAGAAAUAUGUUCUGAGUUGCUGUUCGAAGGCAAAAGAUUUUGUUGUAAGCAGUUUGAAGCGUCUUGACGAACAUUGACAUUUCGGAAUUUCUGAAGGAGGGUCCCGAUCUUUCCUGUUCCUCUGCUGCCUGGCCUGCUGUGUUCCUUCAGCUACGUACUCUUGUCUCAAAUUAGGGUGUUGUGGCAACAGUGCAAAAUUUGUCUCCCAUGUAAUUGAUAAUGCUUUCGAGGCUCCUUAUCAUCUUAAGCAGCUUGUUCAAUAGCUCUGACAUGAAAUAUUUUAGUCCAAGGAUAUAUUCGGAAUAAUGGUAGGUUGACACAGGUCAGUCAAGUCAGGCAGUGUGUGUUGAGUUACACCACUACUGGAAUGUUUCUAUCCCUGUUCUGGAUGGUUACUGCAAAUUUCUGUUUACUUUAAAAGCAUUUAUUUGCUGUGAAAAUGGGGAGGGUUGUGCAUCUAUACUUGUUGAGAACUGUUUAUUCCAAUGUCUAAACCGGUUAAUAAUCUUCACCGUUCUGAAAUAAAUAUUGCUGUCAUGUUUCAUUUAUCAUCUAUAUUUGACAUCAGUUAUAUCAUGUUAGAAAUUUAGAUUUUCAUUUGUCAUUUUCACUGACAUAAGCAUUCUCAACUGUAUGUUAAUUUUCAUGCCAGUCAAGAUAUUGUCAUUAUCUCAUUUAAAAUGCAUAUUGUAACUAUACUAUGCGUUGAGGACCAGAAUAAAUUGGAAUUGUGCCAAAAUUAGUUUUUCCAAUAUGAGUUAACACUUCCAAAUAGGCCAAGACUGGAGCAGUCAAAAUCUGUAUAUUGGCUUCGUGAAAUUCCAGAUUUUUAAAGUUUUGGACUGUACUCAUAGUUCAUUGCUGUCUACAACAUAUGACAUUACUACAUUGCUACAGCAUGUAUUCUAGCUCAAUCUCAAGAGGUGGUAGUAUAUUGGUAAUGUUAUUGGAACACCAAUCCAAAAACCCAGGCUAAUGUUCUGGGAAAAUGAGUUCCAAUCCCAUCAUGGCAAAUUAUGAAAUUUAAGUGUCGUUUUAAAACUUUGGAGCUUAAAAAUAGCUAAUUUAAUGGCACCCACUUAAGCACUGUUGAUUAUUGUAUACCCUUUAGGGAAGGAAAUCUGUCAUCUUUAGCUGGCAUGGCUUAUGUAUGACUCCAGAUCCACCCAUUUGUAUUUGGCUCUUAAUUGGGCAUUUAGAGAUGGGCAAUAAAUGCUAGCCUAGCCAGUGACACCUUCAUUCUGUUUAAUCAGUUUUUAAAAACAACAUGUGAAUUAUGCAAUGGCUCCCCUGCUAUGUACCAGAACUUCUACGGAAUGAUGUAAAUGCAGCUGUCUCAGAAUCAGUAUUCAUGGAUCCAACAGUAAAUUUCUACCAUUUUUUGAAAUGUCUAGCGUUUCACUUCUAGUCUGUACUGUCUUUCAUGCUGUAUUUCUGUGCCAUUCUUCCAUUUUAUUAUGGUGGAAUGCUUCUUGACUAUGACACAGUCAGGCUUGCCACAGAAGUAGAUCUUCUGUUGGAGAAAGCAACAGAUCUAGCAAUUGAAGUGUCUGGUCAUUUGGUAGAACAUAAUUCAAGUUUUGGUGAAAAGUAUACAUUUUUAUUGAAGUUUCACUUUACACUUAUCAGGACAAUUUCUAAGAAGUAUCAGUGUUUAGGGGAAAGUGCAGCUGGAUGAGAGGAGAGCAUUGGUUGGCAAAUGGACUUUGGUUGUGCUGUUAUCGUGUGUAAAUGUUUUCCUAUUACUUUGGCAUUUCUUUGAACUGUCUGAUGAGUUGUAAGACAAAAAGCUUUGAUAAAAUGUGUCCUUUUUCAACCACAUUCUACUGGUCGUUCCUUCCAAAUCAUGAUGUUGUGCAAUUUAUGUUUAAUGUCCUACUUGUUGUAAAAGGUAAGCACUGAAAAAAUGUUCCAUCUAGUUUUAACAAUCAUUAAUUGUUCUUCAGUGUUGUUCCAAAUUUGUGUGUAAAUGCAUCCACAUUAGAUUAAAAGAAUAACCUAACAUAUUUCAUGUUGGCAAAUGGCUUAUUAUAGCCAUGUUUGAAUACCAUCAGCCAUGUUUUUGAAUAUGCUUUGAAACGAUGCCCAGUCACCUUAAUCUACAGUUUAUGCAAUAAUUUGUUAUAAUUGAAUACUUCUCAGUUGUAAGCUAAAGCACAAUUCUAAUUCAGCAAUACUUCUCUCAGGGUAAUGAAGGGAUUUGAAAUGCUGGUUAUAGAUCUGGACUUUCUAAAUCCCUACCACGAUGUAAAUUAAAUUUUCAAAUGCACAAAUCAGGGCAGUAAAAUUACCAAACUCUUCCAAGAUAAUUACCUUGAUGUAAUCAAUUAGCUUUCCAUUUGUUUUUGAAUUUAAUUUACAGAAAGUACUUUUGAAGCGUCAAAGCUUGCCUUUUGAGACUAUUGGUAGAUAUACACCAUGAAAUAUAUAACAAUAUGAAAGUAUGUUCAUCUAGGUGAAAAUUACAGAGGAAAAUUAGUCUCGAUUGUCAAAUGUAUGUACUUAGAAGUGAUAAAGGCUAGGACACUACUUUGAGGUAAAAGCUUAUUUGUGUUAUUAAAUGUUUAUGGAAGUGUGUAUAGAAAGAAGAAAGGCAAUCACCAGUUUAAUAAUGAACAUAAAUUAUAGUGUAUAUUUUUUUGUUGUACGCAAUUUUUUGUCACAAAUAACUGUGCAACACAGCCAGUACUUGCAUUUUGUAAAAUAAAAUAUCACAAUUUAAAAUU